AUGUCUUCCAAAAAUAAUGAGGUGGCGCAAGACUGGCAGGGCCCAGCCCCAGGAGCAGGCUGUGAGGUGUACAUCACAAAGAUACCAUGGGACACCUACGAGGAUCAGUUGAUUCCCCUGUUUAACACCGCGGGGCCUCUCUGGGAGUUCCGCCUCAUGAUGAACUUCAGUGGACAGAACCGCGGCUUUGCCUACGCUAAAUAUGGCUCACCAGCUCAUGCUGCAGAAGCCAUCUGUUUGCUGCACGGCCAUUCACUGAAACGUGGGGUGCACCUUAAAGUGUGCCUCAGCACAGAGAAGCGUCAGCUCUGCCUUGAGGGGUUGAAGAUCAGCUUCAAGCAAGAGGAGCUAAUGCAGGUAUUGCGUGUUCUGACAGAGGGGGUAGAAGAUGUCUCCCUGGACACGGGGUCAGCAGUGGUUGUGUAUUCAUCCCACCAUGCUGCACCCAUGGCCAAAAGGGUGUUGGUGGAGGCCUUUAAGAAGAAGUUUUCCUUCACUAUCUCGGUUAAGUGGCAUCGCUCAACCACGUCCUGGAAGGGGAAUCUGAAAGCUUCCCAGAUGUGUCCUGAAUACGUUCAGCUGCUGCCUGCCAAGCCACACAGGCACAUCCUGGACAGCCCCAACUUUAAAUGUACCCUCUACUCCCCCUCAUUCUCCCCUCAGGUGCAUAUGGUACCCACAGAGAAAUCCUCAACACUGUCCUUGCUUCAUAACUUGUGCCAGAUGCAUGGACUUGGGAACCCACACUUUGAACUCCACUGUGAGUAUGUGCAGCCUGAUGGAUUUUUGUACUUUAACUAUAAGGUGCAUGUGCCUGGGGUGACCAUGUCUUUCAGUGGUGAUCUCAAAGUCCUACCAGCACCCAGUGUAAAAUUCGUGAUGGAAGAAGCUUGUGAUGAUGUGGCCAAGAAGGUCCUCCAGACCUUCAACAAGCUCUAG